GCUGAUGGGAUCGCUACGCCGCUGGUGUGGACAUGUCCGCCAUGUUUUCCGCGGCGCAGGGAGAGGAGCAGUCCGGAGAAACGGCCCCCGCGUCCCGUUAAACCCGCACGCCGAUGAGUCCUCCCGCCGGUUCCUGGACCGCCGGACACCGGUGAAGCCCGCUGCGGCGGACCGGAGCGGAUUCACGUCGGCGCCGGUGCGGGUGUGUGGCGGGAUUUCGCGUUUCCUUCGGAUUGUCACCGAUUUGGCGCAAACAAUGAGUAAACUCUCGUUCCGGGCGCGAGCGCUAGACGCCGCCAAACCGCUCCCGGUUUAUCGCAACAGGGACCUGCCGGACCUGACCGACUGCGUGUCCAUUAACCGGGCCGUCCCGCAGAUGCCCACCGGGAUGGAGAAAGAAGAAGAGCUGGAGCACCACCUGCAGAGGGCCAUUUCAGCCCAGCAGGUGUUCAGAGAGAAGAAGGAGAACAUGGUGAUCCCCGUGCCUGAAGCAGAGAGUCACACCACCUACUACGACCGUCUGUACAAAGGAGAGGUCCGAGUUCCCAAACAGCUCAUCCACAUACAGCCUCUGAGUCUGGACCAGGAGCAGCCGGACUACGACAUGGACUCCGAGGACGAGACGCUGCUCAACAGACUGAACAGGAAGAUGGAGAUCAGACCUCUGCAGUUUGAGACCAUGGUGGACCGACUGGAGAAGGCGAGCACACACCAGCUGGUCUCUCUGUCGGAGGCGAAGCUGCUGCUGAACGAGGAUGACUACCUGCUGAAGUCGGUGUAUGAUUACUGGACGAGGAAGAGGAAGAACUACCGGGGCCCGUCACUGAUUCCACACAUCAAGCAGGAGAAGAGAGACGGAUCCACCAACAACGACGCCUACGUGGCCUUCAGACGCAGGACUGAGAAGAUGCAGACGAGGAAGAACCGUAAGAACGACGAGGCGUCGUACGAGAAGAUGCUGAGGCUGAGGAGGGAGUUCAGUCGGACCGUCACCAUCCUGGAGAUGAUCAAGAGGAGAGAGAAGUCAAAGCGAGAGCUGCUGCACCUCACCCUGGAGAUGGUGGAGAGGAGGUAUCAGAUGGGAGACUUCAGUGGAGACAUCCUCAGAGAGGUCUCACUCCCCCUGGUGGACAGACCAGCGUACAGCACUUCAGUUACUCUGAACAACGGGAACAGACACAAAGCUGACGUCAAGAACAAGACGCAGAAGACGCAGGAGUCCGUUAGAGAAGAGCUUCCCUUCGACCUGCUCAGACCAAAGAAGAAGAACGUCAGACGGGACAGGCCUUGUCCUCCGCAGAGACGUCCCGGUCGAACCCCCGGGCCCUACACCGUCAACCAGGCCGACAUUAAACAGUACGACUUCCACAGCUCGGGAGAGGACGACUGUCCACCGCCACCACUGUCUCCUCCGUCCUCGGCCGAUGAGGAGAAUAACCCUGACGGAGCGUUCGUCUUCAGGAGGAAAGCUGGCUGUCAAUAUGUCUCUCCUCGCUCAGAGCAGACGGGUGGAGAUGAUCGUCCAGAGCUCCUCCCCCUGUGUCUCCGUCACUCUCUGACCGAGCUGUCUCUGCCUCCUCAUUGGAUGGGACUGAGCCGCCGCAGGAUUGGACGAGGGGGCAGGGUCAUCCUGGACAGAGCGUCCUCAGUUUUGGAUCAAGUCCUGAAGCAACUGGACUCAGCACAUCCAGUCUUCAGGACCAGUACCUGUGUCCACUGGGAUCGCCCAGUAACUCUGGACCGGAAACCUUCCCCGGCUUCAGGAAUCCCCCUCCCCUCCCUGACCGAAGUCCUGAACAAUAUCCAGAACCUGAGAAGGUUCUGCUUCAGACGCCGACGCCCUCAGGACCGAGGACAUGGGGUCAGAGGGACGACGGGGUUCGCAGCGGACAACGGCGGAUUCGUCUCUUGUCCGUCGGCUGAACUCGGCUCUGCGUCAGCAGGGGGCAUCACAGAGGAGCAGUACCACAGCCACCAGCAGCAGCUGGUCCAAAUGCAGAAGCAGCAGCUGGAACAGCUGCAGCUGCAGAACAGCACAGCUGCAGCCCGACACAUGGCACUGCACACGGCACAGUUCUCCCGGUCAGGUGAGUCCGGUUCGAAGACUCUGGACUCGGCUCGCGCUCAGUUUGCGGCCUCUGCGGUGAUCAGCGCUCCUCCGCCUCCUCACGCUCGCACCGACAGUGACAUCAAACCCUACAAGACCAGUGUGAACGGAGUCCAUCCCUCAGGUGCCUCCAGGCCUCCGUACUCCACCUCUCUCAGCAGGUCGGGGCUUUCAGCUCGGGGGUCGCUGUCCUCCUGUCCUCCUUCCCCUCAGUCUCUCCCCAACCAGAGGAGCCAGGUGUGGGCCGUGUCCCCUGCCCAGCCCCACGCCACUCGGCCCUCUGCUCCGCCAGCGUCUGCCUUAAAGCUCGCCACUGUCGCCGCCAGCCUCGACCGGGUGCCCAAAGUCUCCACCGCCAGAGACUCCAAUGAGCCGGAGAGACACCUGAGCAGGCUGUCGGAGACCACGCUGCCCAUGGAGGUCACAUAACACCGUAUCCCAUCAGCCCCUGCUCCCUCUCAGUGUCUGACCGGUGAAUGUGACCCGCCCCAACCUCCGCAGCGAGAAGAAAAUGGCGUCUGAGCAGAAGCUGAACGUUGUGUUGAUAUUGUUGUAAUUAUUGUUGUACAGUUUGUAAAUGUCUCUCAUGUAAAAUAGUUUUUGUUUCAUCAGUUUAGUUUCUGAGGCAGGUAACCAUCAUGUGACAGCAGCAUCCACUCUGAUUGGUCUGUGAGGACUCUGUCUUCGCUCUGGUUGGUCUGUGAGGACUCCGUGUCUUCGCUUUGAUUGGUCUGUGAGGACUCUGUGUCUUCGCUCUGAUUGGUCUGUGAGGACUCUGUGUCUUCGCUCUGAUUGGUCUGUGAGGACUCUGUGUCUUCGCUCUGAUUGGUUAUUUAUUUUUCAUGUUUACUUUUUGUAUUUCUCCUAAAAAAAACUCUUCACUUGUUUUGUUUUUCCAGAGAUGGAAACUUUGAUUUGGCUUCAGACUGAAACGAUGUUUUUUGUGACCUGCAUCUUUGUACCCGGGUUUAUUUUUUAUUUUGAUUUUGAAAUGUUACCGGAUCUGUCCACGGCCUUCUGAUCACCGAAACCCUCGUUAAAAUAAAAUCUGCAUCUUGUACA